AUGGCCAAGGGAGCGGUGAUGCUUCUUGUUCUCUUCAUCACGGUGCUGUCCGCGGUGAGUGAGGCCCAUAGGCCCGGUAACAGGGCCCUAGCCCAUGGGCGUCGCCCGGGGGCCGACCCAUUGGCACCGACACACCUUCACUUCUACUUCCACGACAGCUCGACGGGUGCGUCCCCAUCCGCGAUGCGGGUGGCAGGGCCGAAGAAUGUGCCGUUGCAGACCCUUUUUGGGGCGGUGUACGUGAUGGACGACCCGCUGACGGUUGGGCCAGAUCCCCGGUCAGCGGCCGUGGGACGGGCCCAGGGACUGUACAUAGGAGCAGAUCAGACGUCAACGGGCUUCCUGCAGGCCAUGAACCUCGUCCUCACCUCCGGCCCCUACAACGGCAGCUCGCUCACCGUGCUCGGCCGCAACAACCCGUAUGCUGACGUCCGCGAGAUGCCCAUCACCGGCGGCACCGGCGCCUUCCGAUUCGCCCGCGGGUACGCACAGGCCCGGACCUACUCGAUGGACCUGAAGACCGGCGACGCCAAUGUCGAGUACGAUGUUUAUGUCAUGCAUUAG